AUGGCAACAACGAAUAAUUCGGACUUAUUAUUAUUAACAACAACGAUUGACAAUGGUGACAAAAACUUUGAAAUAUUUUCGUUAAUUUGGCUUGAUAAAGAUGUGAAUACUAAUGAAGAUAAUUGGAAAAUACAACAAAAACUGAAAGAAUCAAUUAAUUUUAUUAAAACAUUUGAUGAUAUUAAAAAGUGUGAACAAUGGAUCGGACGAAAAAUACAACAGAAUGCAGAAGAGAAAAUCAUAUUAAUUGUUUCUGAUAGUUAUGGAUGUGAAAUUGUGCCACGUAUUUAUCAAUUACCACAAUUGGUUGCAAUCUAUAUAUACUGUCAAGUCGAAAUGACAAAUAAACAAUGGUUAGAAAAUUAUAAAGAGAAAGUUUGUGCAAUUAUUACAAAGUCUGAUGAAUUAUUGACAAAAAUAUCAAAUGAUCAAAAUGAACGUGAAAUGUUAGAAGCAAUCAGUAGUAAUUCUAUGUCCAUUUUUAUAAGUAGUGUUGCUACCGCUGCUUCUUCUUAUUCUUCAUCUACUGACAGCAAACAAAAUUCAUCUACUGAAUUAAAUGGUGACUUCUUAUGGUCGCAAAUAUAUAUCGAAGUACUAUUAAGAAUGAAACGUAGAGAUAAUGAACGUGAAGAAUUAAUUAAUUUAUGUAAACAAAUAUAUGAUGGUAAUAAAACGGAGUUACAAAAUAUUGAAAAAUUUAAACAGACCUACACACCAGAGACAGCCAUUCGAUGGUAUACAAACCAAUGUUUUCUCUACAAACUAUUAAACAAAGCUCUCAGAGCACAGGAUAUUGAUAUGUUGAUUGCAUUUCGAUUUUUUAUCAGUGAUUUGUAUCAACAAUUAAAAGAAUUAUAUUCAGCGGCUAGCCAUCUUGAACCGAUUAUACGUGUCUAUCGUGGUCAAGCUUUACCAAUUCACGAACUUGAUGGAAUAAAAUCGAUCAUUGGUCAACAUUUAUCAUUAAAUAGUUUUCUUUCAACAUCAUUGAAUCGAGAAGUAGCACUUAGAUUUAUUCCAUCGAUUCCUGCUGCAAAUAAAGAAAAGAUACUUUUUGAAAUUGAUAUUGAUCCUUCAAUUAAAAAUAUAAAACCAUAUGCAAAUAUUUCUUCAUAUAGUUAUUUUCAAACAGAAGCUGAAGUUCUAUUUAUGUUAGGAUCUAUCUUUAAAAUACAAAGUGUUACAAAACAAAAUGAUAUAUCAAUCAUUAACAUUCGAUUAGAAAGUGAAUAUGAUCCAGAAUUAAAACAGUUGUCGGAUUAUAUGAAACACAAUUUAGAUGAAACACCAAGUUUCGUUACAUUGGGUGAUCUGUUAUUACGAAUGGCUGAAUAUGACAAAGCAUUAAGAUGUUAUGAACGAGUAUUGAAGGAAUUGGAUGGUAAAGAUCAAAAUACUAUACAAGCUGCACAAUGUUUUACAGGCAUUGGUAGAGCAGCUAAUUUUGUAAAAAAAUAUGAUCUAUCAAUAAAAUAUCAUAAAAAAGCAUUGAUGAUUAAUUUAUCACUACCAAAUAAUGAUUAUAACAUAGCUGGAACUUAUAAUAAUUUAGCGAAUACAUAUAAAGAUCGACGUGAUCAUCAGAUAGCAUUGAAAUAUUUUUAUAAAUCAUUAGAAAUCAAUAAAAAAAUUAAUGGUGAUGAUACUCUUGAAGUUGCACGAUUAUAUUUUAAUAUUGGUAAUACAUAUCGAUAUCAACAAAAGUAUGAUGAUGCUCUUUUGAAUUUACAACGAACAUUAGAAAUUCGUCAAAAAUAUUUACCACCUCAUCAUUAUGAAAUAGCGGCAACAUUGACAAAUAUUGGUAAAAUUUAUUAUAAAAAACAUAAUUAUAAAAUUGCGUUAGAUUACUUAUUAAAAGCAGAUAAAAUCCAUCGUCAUUCACUGCCUUCAACACAUCCUGAUGUAGGUGGACUUUAUUAUCUUAUCCAAGAAAUCCGCAGUUUAAUUUCACAAUAA